CGCAAAUAUAUCGCCCAGUGUGGCAGUCACCCGCCGCCCGCCGGGACACGACGCCAGCGGGACAUGACCUAACAUGUACCGGUCGGAGCGCUGGCCGGAGGAGGAGCCUCCCUCGCGGCGCUCCUCGCGGCGCAGCAGCGGCGGCAGCGCGGGCAGCGCGGGCAGCUCGGGGCGGCGCGCCAGUCUGUCGCCGCCGGCCGCCGCCUCGCCGCGCCGCAGCAAGCCGCAGCACCUCGACUUCCUCGUCUCCGGGAAGCAGAUCCUCAAGAAGAGUGACCGCGCGAGCUCCCUCCCGGGCGCGUACCACCGGCGGCUGUCGGCGGAGGGCUCCAAGCCGCGCAAGCUGACGGACUCCCCCCGCCGCGCGCCCCGCGCCCCGCCCGCGCCCGCCAACACACGGGACACCUCGCUCGAGGACCACCUCUCCCUGGAUCUGUCGCAGAUCCAGGCGCUAGCGACGUCGACCCCGCGCCACCCGCGCCCCCAGGGCCGCAGCGCGUCCGUGCAAAGCGCGCCGCACCGCAUGCGCCGCGCCCCCGCCCCCGCCCCCGCGCCCCUGGAGGUAGACUACUCCUCCGUGUCCCCCGAGUACUCCGGCCAGUCCUCCGCCGAGCUCUCGCCGUCGCGCGGCUCGCGGGACCAGCUCGUGUCCAGUUGCUGCGUGAGCACGUGGCCGGAGUGCAGCGAGACGGACACGGCCGUGGACAGCGGCGGGGGCGCGGGGGGCGCGGGGGCGGGGGCGCGCGCGCCCUGCGACGGCGAGUGGUGCUCGUUCUGGGCGAACUACAACAACUCGAUGCCGCACGUGCCGGUGGCGCGCUACUACGACCAGUGCCCCACGCCCUACCGGACCGACACGCUGGACCUGGCCGACUUCUCCGAGCGCAGCCCGCCCACAGACACCGCCGACCCCGCCGACCCCGCCGCGCCCCCCGACCCCGGCAGCCCGCGCGCAGCCGACGCCGCGCUGCUGGCGGACAUCGUGCGGCGGCGCGGGCUCACACUGUCGCCGCGCGACACGCAGUGUGUCAUCAAGUGCGCGCACCUGCUGGGCGCCGUGCUGGCGCGCGCCAUCGAGCGCACCGCGCGCGCCCCGCGCCCCCGCGACCUGCGCCUCGACCUGCCGGACCCCGCGCCCCCCGCGCCCCCCAGCGCGUGCGCCACCACGCAGACCGACAUCUCGCUGCCCAACACGCGCAGCGCGCCGCGCAUCUUCGAGAACAUCCUGCGCCAGCUGUCGCGCAGCUCGCUCGACGACACCGACAAGGGCGAGCCCAAGCCGGACGCGGGCGGCGCCGCGGGCGCGACGCUAGCGAGCAGCGACCCGCCCAGCGAGCAGUGAGGCACGGCGCGUGUGUGUGUGGACUCGUGUGAAUAACUUGUAUAUGUGUGUGUGUAGUGCUGACAGAAAUAUAUCGUUCAAACUGU